AUGGAGGAAUUAUUCGCUCUUUAAUAACAAUUGGCAGAGAUAUAGGAAACAUCAACAAAGUAUAGAUUAUCUGAUAGAAUCAUAAUUGAUUUGAUUGAGAAACUAGUUAAAGAAUAUGAUUUGAAGGUUUAUCAUUCUACAGAUGGUCAAAGUUUGGUUACUCCAAAUUAGUUGUCAAAAGAGAUUCAUCAACUAAUUUUAUCAAACAAGAGAGUGGCUGUGAACCAAUUGCCUGAAAUAUUGGGUAUAGGGUUUGACAAGAUCGAAGGAUAAAUAGAAAAGGAUAGCAAUGGUUGGGAUGUUGUCAGAAUGCAGGAUGAAAUGAUGUCUCACGAUUAUAUUCUAAAUGUUUGCGAGGAGAUCAACGAAGAUCUCUAGUAAAAGUCAAUUAUUUCAUUAUAAGAAAUCAUGCAGAAGUAUGCACUCCCUAUGUAGUUUGUAACAAAGUAUAUCCUUAAACAAGUAGGGGCAGUCAUAUAAGGAGUAUGCAAUGAAGACAAAUUAACAACAGUGACUUAUCAAGAGAUAAUGACAGCAAAACUUUGCGGAAUUUUAAGAGCAACUCUGAGUCCUGUGUCAUUCUUAAAAUUGAAUAAAGAUUUAGAAAUUCAAAACUCCUAAAAGAUUUGUGAAUAAUUGUUGAUAACCAAAUAAAUAGAUGGGAAGAUAUUUUCAGGAUAGUAUGUGAGUUCGAGAUUUCUUCAAAAUCAAGAGGCUCAAGUGAAAUCGUUCUUUGAUCAAAACUCUUAUGUUGAAUAUGACAAACUUCAUUAACAGUUCUUCAUCUAAAAACCAAAGGAAUAUUUGAAGUAGAUGUUCAAAGAUAAUGUGAUAUUCUUGGAUACUUGUGGAUUUAGCAGAGAUGCUCUUCUUUCAAAAUAGGAUUAAAUCUAAGAGUUACUGUUGAAUGAAGGCCACACAAAUCUGUAGGAGAUAUUGCCAGUCAUUUUAAGUGAUUAAGAUAUUGAGACUCUCUUCUCAUUGAUGUAAUUGAAUAAUUGCGAGUAUGCCAAUUUUAUGAUAUAUCAUAAACCAUUUCUAGACAAUUUGGCAUUGGCAUUCAAGGACAAAAUAAUUGAAUCAAUAUAUUAGAAUCCUCAGAAACUUAUUGAAUAGCAGCAAAACCAAGAUGAUACUCCUCAAGAUAUAUAGGCUUCAGCAGGAGGGUUUGCAAGCAAGAAAAACAAAAAAUAAUAAUAGCCACAAAAAAAGAAGUAGUAAAAUAAACAGGAAUUAUUUACUAAUAAAGAAAUCACUGAUUUACUCACUUAAAAGAAAUUAGUUGAGUAUAAUGAUUGCAUUGAUGAAUUAUUCUAGUUCUUAUAGCCAAGAUUGUCUGUCUUAUAUGAGCAAAUUAAGAUUGAACUAUUUGAAAGCAAGAAAUCUGCAUCCAGUUAGGUAAUUUAGGAGAUUCAAAAAAAGAUUGAAGAUAUGGCUCUUGGUCUUCUGAUUACUUAGAGAUCAUUAUAGAAAAUAUAAUAAGAAUGCCAUGAAGUAAAUACAAAAGUAUUAGUGGAUAAUUGUUUAUUUGGUUAUAGAUUGCUUGUUGAGAACCUAGUUGUAAUCACAUGUAAAAAGUACAAUAUUCAACUUCCAUAAAACCUAUUUGCUGAUCCUAAUCAUCCAAGUGUUGUGAAUGGUUAGAUUAAUUUUGGAUUAUCAAAGUCUGGAAGAGUAUUUUUAAACAAAGUGGCUUUGGGAGAAGCAAUUCUAUUUUUACCAAAGGAGUAACAGAAAGCUUUGAAAGAAACAAUGGAAUUAUACACAAAGAAGUCUUUAAAUGUAUUAUCGCAACAUUAAUUUUUUGAUGCUUUCAAUUUAAAGGUGCAUUUGGAUAAAAAAAAUGAUAGAAAUCUGCUUUUGUUUAUUAAACACCAUUGCAAGGAAUACAUUAAAUAAAGAUAGAAUGAAAUUUUCGAUGAGAGUGUAUUUAAUUAAAUAAUUCUGGCAAUGUCAACAGACUUAGGGUUGUAUUUUAUAGGAAAUUAUGACUAACAUGUUUAUUCUGCUAUCAAAUAGAUUGUUUAUGAGUUGUAGAGUGACAAAUAGAUUAACAGCUUAUUAAACAAUAUCACACAUUCAAUAAAUCAAUAAUUGGAAAUUACAGCCGAAGCUAAGGAAUUAUUAGAACUACUAAAGCUCUUAUGAUAGAAGUUUAAAUUAUAUAAAUAUCUAAGAAUACAUAUACAUAUAA